UCUGAUUGGAGGAAAGAAGCUGACAUGGCAGUUUGCCCAGCUCUUAUCCCAUCUCAUUUCUGAUUUCCCCAGCCCAGAUAGCAACGUUUUCUAUAACAUAAUCUUCCCCAUAAAAUGUUCAUCUUUUGCAUGCAAAACCCGAGUGAUUAAAAUCUUCAGUUUCGAUUCAGGAACAUAUAUAAUCUCUUGGAGUAGUUUGGAAAACAACCCAACUGAAUUGAAUGGCUCUGCAAUCUGCAACAUUACUUCCUUACUCUCUAUCAAUCCGUAAAGAGAGCAAGUGGAAUGCUACUCUGAAGGAGACAAGUCUGUUUGGAGUUCCACUGCCAAGUAAUUUUAAGGCUGAUACAAUCUCUUCUUGCAGAUUGAGCGAGGAUUUCAAGAGGAGAUAUUCACUCAGUACCAUUAGGGCUCAAACUGUUUCGGCACCAGAGAUCAAUCAAGCUUCAUCAGAUGGGAAGAAAACUUUGAGAAAAGGAACUGUUAUAAUAACAGGAGCAUCUUCUGGUUUAGGUCUAGCCACAGCGAAGGCUAUAGCUGAUACAGGAAAAUGGCAUGUUAUUAUGGCUUGCAGGAACUUCCUCAAGGCGGUGAAAGCUGCGAAAAAAGCUGGCAUUUCUGAGGAAAACUUCACAGUCAUGCACCUUGACCUUGCUUCACUUGAUAGUGUCCGCCAAUUCGCAGAUACAUUUAAACGAUCUGGUAGGCCACUUGAUGUGUUGGUUUGCAAUGCUGCAGUAUACUUACCGACAGCAAAAGAGCCAACUUAUACAGCUGAAGGUUUUGAGCUGAGCGUUGGCACAAACCAUCUUGGUCAUUUUCUUCUGGCCAGAUUGUUAUUGGAUGACCUGAAGCAAUCAGACUACCCACAGAAGCGUCUUAUAAUUGUUGGAUCCAUAACUGGAAACACCAACACCUUAGCUGGAAAUGUUCCACCUAAGGCUAACCUUGGGGAUCUAAGAGGACUUGCCAGUGGCUUGAAUGGGCAAAACUCCUCACCAAUGAUAGACGGCGGAGAAUUUGAUGGUGCCAAAGCAUACAAGGACAGCAAAGUGUGCAACAUGCUCACAAUGCAAGAAUUUCACCGUAGAUUCCAUGAGGAGACAGGAGUCACCUUUUCCUCCCUUUACCCAGGUUGCAUAGCUGAAACCGGUCUUUUCAGGGAACACAUUCCAUUGUUUAGGCUGCUCUUUCCACCAUUCCAGAAAUAUAUCACCAAAGGUUAUGUUUCUGAAGAAGAAGCCGGGAAAAGACUUGCUCAGGUUAUAAGUGAUCCAAGCCUAUCAAAAUCUGGUGUGUACUGGAGCUGGAACAAAAACUCUUCUUCAUUUGAAAACCAGCUUUCGAAGGAAGCCAGCGAUGAAGAGAAGGCGCGCAAGCUAUGGGAAGUCAGCGAAAAGCUCGUGGGGUUAGCCUAAAGAAAAACUGAUAAGUUUAAGACUUAGGAUUCAGUGAUGAUAAACUGAUAAUCAAGGUUUUCUGUAAGUAUUAGAUGUUUGACUUGAAAAAUAGUUAUAGAUGCAAAACCAUUCUCCCCUCAGGCUGAAAAGUGAGCCCCCUUUUUGUACAGACGACGUUUAAACAAUAGCUUUUGCACUUUUCUCAUGUAACCCUUCCAUUUCUCUGUUUUGCAUGUUUUUUGCUAUUGAGGUUUCAUAAUGUGGCAGUCAUUUACAUCAAUGAUAUUCCCA